AAUAAGUGGGGGCGGCUCGUUUAGCACGCAGGAUCAGCUUCGGGCAGAGAGAGCCUCGGCUCCGUCGCUUUUACCUACCUCUAACUAGUACCUCCGCCGCAUUCGUACGCGAUACGAAGUACACGCGACCUGCUGGAUCUGUACGUCUGCUGCAUAGCACAAACUUUCUUGUGCUUAAAGGCAUUCGUAGAAUAGUAGACUUAGUUAGAUCUUAAUUGUCGUUCGUAAUUGGGUCUCGACAGACGUUUUGAGUGGCAAUGGGGAAACAAAAUAGCAAAUUAAAGCCCGAAGUGUUGGAAGACCUCAAGCAAAAUACUGAAUUUUCAGAUGCCGAAAUUCAAGAAUGGUAUAAAGGAUUCUUAAAAGAUUGUCCUAGCGGACAUUUGAGCGUCGAAGAAUUUAAGAAAAUUUAUGGCAAUUUUUUUCCUUACGGCGAUGCCUCGAAAUUUGCAGAGCACGUGUUUAGAACGUUCGAUGCAAAUGGCGACGGGACGAUCGAUUUUCGAGAAUUUCUCUGCGCCUUAAGCGUGACGUCCCGAGGAAAAUUGGAACAGAAAUUAAAGUGGGCCUUCAGUAUGUACGACCUUGACGGUAACGGAUAUAUCUCGCGACAAGAGAUGCUUGAGAUCGUGACGGCAAUAUACAAGAUGGUAGGGUCCGUGAUGAAAAUGCCAGAGGACGAGUCCACUCCAGAGAAGAGAACCGACAAAAUCUUUCGUCAGAUGGACAAGAAUAAGGACGGCAAAUUAUCGCUCGAUGAAUUUAUCGAGGGUGCUAAGAGUGAUCCCUCGAUCGUGCGACUGUUGCAGUGCGAUCCUAGUGCACAAGCUCAGUGAGACCCUGGGUCCGUGUGCGUUUCAAAUGCCAUCUGUAAAUACGAAUCGGGGCCCGGCCCAAUCAUAGCCCGGUUAGAGGCGAUGCAAUCAUAGAAGGAAAUCAAUAGGAAUAGAGGAAGCUGUCAAAACGAACACACAGAGAUACAAAUAUCCUCGUUUACACCUACACCAAUACACCUACAGAGAAAGAAAGAAAGAAAGAAAGAACGAAAUAAUGAAAGAAAAAAAAAGGAAAGAGAUAAAUGUUUAUUUAAACUUUACAUCGUUAACGUUAUUACCGUUUACAUGUGUAUACCGUUAUAGCUUAUCACAAGAAUCACCACCACACUACACCACAACCACUACUACUAUUACAAUUACCAUACACCUACGGCGAGCGUUUGGAACUGUAUAAGAAGAGACUUAAACUAUACAUACAUAUGUGGACGUUAAAAUGAUAAAGAAAGGAUAAGAGAUCAAAUAAAAAAGAGCACACAAUGAUUUUCAUGAGGCUGAAGUCAACAAAGUUCGUUCUGGUAGAUUCGCUCCUUCGCAUCGUCUUCUAUGUUCGCGAACGCCUCUUAUCGACUGGAGAAAUAAAAAGAGAGAAAGAGAGAGAGAGAGAGAGAGAGAGAGAGAGAGAGAGAGAGAGAAAGAAAGAAAAUAGUAUGUUGCCUGAGUCGUAUGUGUGUGCCAGAAAAUUUGCAAACGUCAAGUAGGGCUCUUGUAAAUUGGGCUGGUACCCGAGUGACGAAGGGUCCAGGCUCACUGGGCCCAUGGCGCUUGCGCAUACCGCAAACUAGUCGUAAUGACUAGUUCAGUCGCUCCCGCGAUCUAAACUAAUCGGUUUAAACGGGGAUUUCUUUGAGAAAUAAAAAAAAAGAUGGAGAGAGAAAGAAAGAGAGAGAGAGAGUGUAAGAAUGAAAAUUGAAAGCAAGUGUGAGAGAGUGAGAGAGAGAGAGAGAGACUCACGCGUAUUUUCUCAUAUAAUUCUCCUAAAAUUGUGCCGCUCGAUGUACAUACAUAAAGAGAAUUGCUAAUUGUAAAUUCGUUCGAACCUUUCAUCAAAAUGGUUCUUUCUUUCUUAAUUAGUUUAAGUGAUAACAUCCAGGUACCUCUUUUACGCUUUUGCCUAUCAAUGACACGCGAGUUUAUAUCAAAUUACGUGAAAAAUGUUUAGAUCUGAUCGACGAGAAUAAUAAAGUGAAAAAUGACGAUUAUAUAGGCAAUAUUUUUUUUUCCUUUUUUCUUUUUUUUUCUUUUUUCUUUUUUUUUCUUCCCUUAUUUUUAAAACGGAGACAGUGAAAGAGAAAGAGAGAUAAAUGGAGUAAAACUGCUCGGAACUUCGAUUAUUCUUCAAAAUUAUUACACGUCUCGUUCGGUCUUUUAUCAGUACCCUUCAGCUUUAUGCGAGACUCAUUCAUUCCAUAUGAUUGAAUGUAAUUCCGAUUUUCGAUCGCUUUAAAAACGCUUUUAACGUAAGAUCUGGUAGAAAGGCUUCCCCUGGGAUUUUCAAGGAGAAUUGAAAAGAAGAGUAAACGGGAAAGAUAGAGGGGGUGAGUUAAAGAAAGAGAUAAAGACGAUUGACGACAAUUUGCUGAGCGUAGAAGUGCCUUAAUUUUUCGUAAUAGUAUAUGACGUAUAUAAGAGCGUUGCAAAGAUCGAAAAGAAAUUUUUUACUAAGCUUCAAUCAAGAUGCUGAAUUAAAAUAAAUGCAUUGAAUUGUCAAUGUGUACAGUAUACAUGUAAUAAAGAGCAGAAUUUGGAAAGAAAAAUUAAAAAAAGAAGAGAAAUAGAGAGAAACUAGAAUCAAAUCGAAUCGAUAAUUUUUCACUUUAUCAAAGACUUCUAAUUAAUUUAUCAGAGAAAAAUACGUGAUUUGAUGAAACUGUUUCGAACGAUGUUCAUUGUCAAGUUAAAUACGUAAAAGAGUCUCAAAUCAAAGUUCGCGUUUCUUUUUUAAUUUUUUUUUUGUCGUAUAUACAUAUAUAUAUAUAUAUAUAUAUAUAUAUAUAUAUUUGUCUUUUUUCUUACAAUAGAUUGCUUUAGUUUAUCAAUUGUUCGACGAGUUCUAUUCCAAUAUAAAACUUCCUAUCGAAUAGUAUCACCGAUAGAAAGAUAUUUUAGAGAGAUAGAGAGAUAGAUAGAGAGAGAAAGAGAAGGAGUGAGAAGGAAAGAGAGGGAGAGAGGAAAGGAGGGAGAAAUGGAGAGGAGAGUGUGUGUGUGUGUGUUUAGAAACAUCGAGCGAGCAUAAAACGGAUUGUUACGCGUUUUAAAGCGAGAUAUGUUUUGAUGAAUUACGAUAGCUCGCUAAUUUACACAUUUAACACGUGUUUGGGUCGCGUAUGAGAAUAUGUGUUUCAACGAUUGUAUCUGGAUUUGGGAUCGUUGAAAGAUUUACGAUUAGCUCCGAAAUUUUUCUAACAUUUAUUUCACAUUAAUUCUCAUGAUUUGAUUUCGAUGAUCAUUUUUCUUGAUAGAAUUUACGAAAAGAAAAAAAAGGGAAAGAAAGAAAAAAAAUUGUAACAAGCAAAAAGAAAAAAAUACGAAUAACGAUCUAAACUUUUGACCUGUUUAGAACAAAAAAGAAAAGAAAAAAAGAUAUUAUGCGGCAUGGCUGCGUGCCAAGUGCAAAGUAUUUCGUCAAAGCAAAACGACUGCAAAGGGUGAUUUUUUCGUUUGUUUUAUCCAAAAGAACUGUAUUAUUCUUGAUAAGAAAAGAAUGCCAAGGGAGCAAGUCUCUAAAGCUCUUUGAUUUUUUCUUUUUUUUUCUUUUUUUAAUUUUUUUUCCUUCUUUCUAUUUCCGACAUUGAUACGUAUAAUUCGCAUGUAAGUAUGUAUGUAUGUAUGUAUGUAUGUAUGUAUGUAUGUAUGUAUGUAUGGAUGUAUGGAUGUAGAUAUAUACAUACAUACGUUUUCCCUUAAGCCAAGCACUGAAUUAAUGAGAAAGAUGAAAAAGAAGUACUUAGACCGCGAACGAAUGUUUUCAAAGAGAGAACAGAUCUAUUCAACUUUCAUCCUUUUCUUAUAUACAGAAGAUGAAAUAAUUAUCUUGUAUAAUUAUCGACGAUAAUCAUAUUGAAUUUUAUAAAUUAUCGAAAUAGAAAGUUCUACGAUGGAUGAAAUUUGUUUAGAUGGUUUAAAAGAAAAAAGGAUAUCACGAUUGGUGUAUUAAUUGCUUUUUUUUAAUGAUUAAUUUUUCUCAUCAAUCUUAUUUUUUGAAAAUAUUAAUUAAAGAUAAAGAAUGUUAAUCCACUUGUAAAAAAAAAAGCAAUUAAAAUUGGAUUGAGAUUUUCUUAACAUUAUUGCUUUCGUAAAAAUAAUAUCAGUUGGAAAAAGAAAAAAAUAAAAAAGAAAUGUUCAAGAAAUCUUAAUUAUAUCUUGGAUAAUUUUUUUUUAUUUAAUGAAAUUUAGUUUUACUAACAAAAGCAAUAAUUUUAUUUACGUCGAAAUAUUUGAAGCUCGUUGAAAAAAAAGGAAAGAAAGAAAGAUGAUACGGAAAAUAGAAGAAACAUGAACGGAAAACAAGAAAGAAAGAGAAAAAAUCUUGAUUAACAGUUAAGAUUUUGCUUGUUCUAUAGAAAUGAAUUUUUCUUAAGAAUUAAUUCGGAGCUAUGACUUUCUACGCGCGCUAAUGUUUCUUAUACAUACGCAACCCUAUAAAUGCGUUUGAAUGCACUGUUAUCAAAAUAUUCCUUCGUAUAUAUCGAACAACAAAGAUAGCGAUACAAUUUUACGCAUUGAUCUUACGCACGUACCCGAAAUGUUUUAUGAGAUCCCAAUUGUAAAAAAUCCUUGGAAGUUUUUCUUUUAUUUUUUUUUUUUUUAUUUUUAUUUUUUUAUUUUGUCGGAAUGUUCGAAAGACAGGUUCGUUCGAACGCACAAUAUUUUUGAUUUUGUUUUAAACUUUGUGUAUCUAUUAAGUGUAAGCAAUAUUUAUUGAAAGAUAAGAAUGUAAAAAAAGAUAUAUUUAUAUACAUACAUACAUAUAUAUAUAUGUAUAUAUACAUACAUAUAUAUAUGUGUAUGUAUAUAUGUAUGUGUGUAUGUGUAUAUAUAUAUGUAUAUAUAUAUAUACAUAUAUAUAUAAUCUUUUUACUUUAAUCGCUAUUAUUUGCAUAAAUACACUCAUUAUGAUAAUAUUUCCUUGAAAAGAAAAAAAAAUGAAAAGAAAUGAAAAGAAAAUUAUGCAGUUUCAACGGAGUUUUGUUUUAUAUUUUUCGAUCCGUUCCAAUCAGCAAAAAUUUAUGUUCUACGCAUUAUAUGGAUAAUAGAAACAAAUUAACAAAAGAAAUAUAUAAGAAAUGUACGGAAAUUCACGUGAUCGAUCGACACGAGAUAACUUUCGUCAAUUUUUUGUCAAUUAUAUUUUUUCGAGGACAAAAAUGAGAAAUCUUUUCGUUUAAACUCGUGCAAUUAGAACAAAAAAAAUUAAAUAAAGAAAAAAAGAAAAUAAUAAUAAGGAGAAAAAUAUCAGCAAUGACAGUGCACGACGACAAAUGUAAAACUUUAAGAUCAUUACUGUAGUCAAAUUUGUCCUCUUUUUUUUCCUCCGAAUAAAAAUCGAGAUGGUUGAACUUGAAAAAAAAAAGAAUAACUAUCGGACUUGUUGUUAAUUUCUACUCGAUCCAUAUGUGUUAAUUGUACGAAGAAAGAUUCAAUGAAACUUCAAUAUAAUAAUAUGUUCUCAUUGCGCACGUUAAUACCGUUAUUAAAAACAUACAACAAGAACAACACAACAACGUUCUUCGUGUAGUAAGUACGUGUAAGAAGAAAAUGGAUCAUUUCAUAAACAGAUACACUCAACGAAGAUGACGACGACGACGACGACGACGACGAUGAAAACAACAACAACAAAGAAAAAUGAAACAAAAAAUUAAGCCGUCAAUAUGGGAAACAACAACGUCUAUGUUAUUUCAUUUUUCCUAGUCAUGCAAUCGAAUAGUAUGUAAAUGUUGCAUAGUAUUAAAUAAGUUGGAAGUUUAAUUAUAUACACCGAUCUACAUAUGUAUGUAUGUAUGUUUUGUAUGUAUGCAUGCAUGCAUGAGUAAAAAGAAAAAGAAAGAGAAAGAGAGAGAAAGAGAGAGAGAGAGAGAGAGAUCAGAGAAAAGAGAAAAAAUAGGAAGAAGAGAUAGAGGAAGUGUGCACACAUAAAUGCAAGUAUUCUCAUGAAAUUCCAACUCUUUCCUGUACUUUUUACAAAAAACUGAUUUCAGAACAAGCGGCCAUCUUUAAUUCUAACUCGUCUGUCUCUUCGUAUAUCUCGAAAGAAUAUAUAACAAUUAAUUAUGAUAUAAUAAUCGUUAUAAGAAAAAUGAAAAGAAACGAAAAGAGAAAAAAUACAUGAUAUAAUUUGAAAUUUUUCCUUUUUUAUAAAAAUAGUUUAAUGUAUUCUCGAAAGAAAUGAUGAUUUUUCUUUGUUACAAUUAAAUGAAGAUAUCCAAUUAUACGUAGGAAAGAACGAAAUGAUUAUUUUUCGAAGAACAAAAUCUUCACGCGAAAGUGCAAGAAAGUGAAUAUUAAAGUUUCAUGAUGAUACUGAAGCGCCAAACAGCCUGUAUAUGUAUUACUUUACAUUGAAUUGUAAAACGAAGUUAUACAAAAAUAAAGUAUUUUACGCGUAAGUGCUUUCACCAUAUAUAGACGUCAACACAAAUCCGACGGGAAAAUUAACUUGACGUUUUCAUUUUACUUUUACAUAUGUAUAUAUGUAUGUGUAUAUAUAUGUAUACAUACACACGCACACAGAUAUAUUAUUUUUUCCUUUAUUAUUUUUUUAACUUUCAAGUUCGUAAUAAUGUGAACGAUCCUGAACAAAUAUGUGUUUGUGUGUGUGUGUAUAUAUAUAUAUAUAUAUAUAUAUAUAUAUAUAUAUAUGAUGUGUAUAUACGUAUAUGUACAAGAAAGAUCGUUUAAUUUUGAGCGAUCAUUAAUAUUCAUCUUCGAUGAUUUGAUUGAUAAGAAAAAAGAAAAAAUAUAUGCAUGUGUGAAAAGAAGAUAACUAAAAAAUAAAAAAGAAUACAAUUCGAUACCCGACCGAUUUGUGUUAGAUUAUCGCGAUACGAUACGCUAGCUUACCGCAACGUUAAAUGCGCGUUUAAAGUCGCAAUUGACGCGAUUAAUAAUCGCCUUGCGAUAUAUAAAAUAGGAAGUAGGUGUAUUUCGUAACGUCCGAUACAUAUAUAUAUAUAUGAAUAUAUAUUCAUUCCUUUAACAACGACAAGACGUAAAACAAAGAGGAAAGUUAAUAUCAUUUCCAUUUUUAAAUAUGAUUCAAUAAAUCUAUAAUGAAAAUUCGCUUCGACGAUCAAGAUUAUAUUAUUUUUUAUUCAUUUCAUUUUCUUUUUUGAGAUUAUAAGGAGAAAGAAAAACAGAACGAAAGAGAAGGAAGCGUCAAAAUUUGUAACAUUUUUGUUGUUUAGAAAGACAAUUAGAACUUGACAUAUUCGACUGUUAAAGGAAUGAGCUCAGAACGAUGUGUUCCAACCGAACAGGGCUAUGACUAAUCUCACCGUGCUCGUGUUACGUGUCACAUAAAUUAAAAAAAGAAAAGAAAAGAACAAACAUAUAAAAAAAGAAAAACCAUGAUCACGUUUCGAUCUUUCUUUCCAAAGUUUCCAAAGGAUCGUAAAGGCGAGUACAGCGAGAUUAUUUAUCGAGCCCUAGUUAAGUGAAAAUGGCUGUGAUAGAUUUCACGAUGUACGUACAUAGCUUCGUUUUUAUUACACGUAGGACAAUUAUACGUCGCACGGAAUUCGACGAAGAAUAAUAAUUAUAAUAAUGACGAGCGUUUGCAAAAUGGAACAGCACAGCACGUAUCGUGAUUUUUCGUUUUGAGAAUGAGAAAGAAAAAAGAGAUGAAGAAAAUGAGUAAAUGAUAAAAAAGAAAAAAAAAGUAUAAAACGAUGUCUUAACCCUCUAUAACUUUUCUGUUUGUCUUUAAACAAUAAAAAAAAGAAAAAGAAAAAAGACGAUAUAAAUGAAACAUACCAGUAUAUAUAGAUAAAAAAUGAAUUGAUAAUUAAUUUUAUGGGAAAAAAAAUUGAAUGAGAAAAAAUACAGAUAAAUGAGAAUGUAAUUAACAUGGUGUUAUAAAGGGUUAAAAAAAGAAGUAAAGGAACGGAAAUUUUACGAUGCACAACAAAUCGAAUAUCGUUCCUUUACAUCGAUAGCUGGAAAUUUCCAUCCGAUUUUGAACUAUUAUCCUAAUGGUUCAAAAAAUAUUGAAUUCGCUACAAUUCUAAAAUAUUCUAUAAUAUCGUGCAAGAAGGUUGCGUACACUGCGUGUAUGUGUGUGCGUGUGUGUGUAUAAAUGUGUGUAUAUAUAUAUAUAUAUAUAUAUAUAUAUAUAUAUAUGUAUGUAUGUAUGUAUGUAUGUAUGUAUACACAAAUCAUUGAAGAAAAGAAAAUGACCGACAAUUUCUUCCGUGCAAAUGUUAAAAAACCCAUCUAUAUAUAUAUACAUAUAUUAUAUAUUAUAUAUAUGUAUAUGUAUAUAUAUAUAUUCCUUUAAAUAUCUACACGAUUUCAUUCCUAUCUAUGGCUAACACGAAUUACCGAAGACAAUUUUCAACUUCGAUCUAGAUACUUCUUCCUUUCAUGACUUUUUCGAUAGUCGAUAUCAAAAGAUACAUAUAUUUCAGCUUUUUACUGUGCGUCGAAUCAUUAUUUGCGAUCGCUCUUCCAAAUAUAAAUAUGGCAUAGAUAUGUCUAUAUACAAUAUAUAUGUGUGUGUGUAUGUGUGUGUGUGUCUAUGCUCUAUUUAUAUAUACACACUUACAGACACGAUUGUUAACACCUACAAAAGAAGAAAAAAGUAAAAAUAAAAACCGGACUUUCUCGAUUUCCGAAUAGACGUUCUAGGAUUUAUCUAAUAGACGUUUGAACAAAAACUCUCGUAGUUUAUUCCUUUUUAAAAGGCAUUUGACGAUAAAUAUUACGAGUUUGUCAUCUAUCGGAGAUCUAUCACAAAAAUUGCACUUGUGCAUACAUGACGUUGUUCGUUAUUACGAUCUACUUUUAUGCUCUAAUCAAUUUAUGUAUAAUUGCAAGAAAAAGAGAAAUAGGGAGAGAGGCAGGGGGAGGGAGGGAGAGAGAGAGAGAGAAAGAAAGAGAGAGAAAGAAAAAAUAGAUUGUAUUCACGAUCAACAUUAUGCAUAUGUACAUACAUAUGUACGCACAGUUGUAUACUAUGAAAGCGUGUAAAUUACUCACGUAGAUCAAUUUUUAUUCUUUGACGUUUGAGAAAGAAAAAUGAAGAGCAACAACAACAACAAAAUAAGAAAAAUAUAUAUACACGUAUACAAAUGAAAAGAAAAAAAAUAUAAUAAUAGUAAUAAUAAUAAUAAUAAUAAUAAUAAUAAUAAUAAUAAUAAUAAUAAUAAUAAUAAUAAUAAUAAGGAAGAAAAUUAAUCGGGGUGAGCAAAUUACGCAGUCUUAUCAUCUUACCAGUACAUGAAUUACUUUCAAUGGCUAUUUCCAACAUCAUAGAAUGAUCUGCUCGUUUCAAGCUUCUCUGCUUUCUUCUUCUUCUUCUUUUUCUUCUUCUGCUUCUGCUUCCGCUUCUACUUUCAUUCCUUCUAAUAAAGAAAUAAAAAUCUAUUAUAUCCUAACACCAUCGAUUUUAUAAUGAUCUUUAAAACAAAAUUGUAAGAUCGUUUGUUAAAAGAAGGGCAUUGCAUUUCGAAGCGCUUCAUUUGUUUACUUCGUUGCAAUUUUAAUCAAUGCAAAAGAAAUACUAAUAAUUUCAAUAUUUUCCAAGAAAUACCGGUUAUAUGUACGAAAACAAAAAAAAAGAAACUAAUUUAAUAGCCGAUUUUAAUUAUUUUCGAUGAUUGCCGAAAUGAUUAUAAAUUUUAUUGUAAAAAAAGUUGCUUAUUUUUAAGUUCUGCAUUGAUCAUAUUGUCUUUUCUCGUUUAAUUGUUUUCUUUUCCUUCUAUUUUUUUUUCCUUUUUUCUCUCAUUACUAUAUCGAUCCAGUCUUAUUUGCUUGCCAAAGUUAUAUAUAUAUAUAUAUACUUUUAAACAAUGUACAAUGUAAGUCAACAACUAUUGAUAUCUUAGAUUUCUUUUUCUAAAAUUCAUGAAUAAAAACUUUUUUAAUUUGGUAGUAAUUACUGACUUACAUUGUGGAUACACACAUAUAUAUUGCUAUAUUUAUUUUUCCAUUUAAUUGUCUAUCUUUCUCAUUGAUGAAUAACGUGCUUAUAAAACUAUAACGUCAUAUUAAACACAUCAUUUAUACACGCUCACCCAUAUCUUAUAACUCGUUAAAAUUUAUUAAAUAAUUCUCUGAUCGAGAAUUAUUAAGUCGAACGUGCAUGAAUUAGCAACAAUAUUUUCUAUAUAAAUGAAUACGACUAGUCACAAAGGAGAGAAUUAAAAGUGGAUCAUUUUCUAAAUAUACCAUCUUUAUAAUGUGCUCACGAUUAUAAUUCUAAGAUUUUGUCAAGAAUUUAUUAAUUUAGACGUUUGUUUUUCCUUUUUAUAAUUUCUAUAUAAAUUUUUCUAUAUAUAAAUUUUCAAAUAGUCAUAUCAAAUACUAAUAUACUAGUAUAUUUUAUUUACAGAGACAGUAUGAAAAUAAUUACAGAUAAAUUCAGAAGAGAAAAUUAGAAUCCAAAAAAAAUUUGUAACUUUUUCAUUAGUCCAAGUAUUUCUUAUUAUUUUCUGAAAGAUUCUUUCUAAUUUUACAAUAUAUUUUCUACGUAGAAAAUAAGAAGCGUUUACGCACUGUCGAUUUUUUUUUAGAUUAAAAAAAAAACUAAUUUAAUUUUUAAUACAACUGGUAUAAUUAAGAAAGUGUUAACCACUUUGAAUUUAUCUCUCGUAGAUAAGUAACAUACAUAUACGAAGAAAAAUCAACACAUCUAUACACAUACGCAACGGUAAUAUCUUCGAUAUAUACAUAAUGAUAUAUGAAUAUGUAUAACUACGAGGCUUUCUUCUUCUUUCGUCUAGAAUUCUCACUUUCUUUAUUAUACGUCAUCACUUUACUUACUUAUCUUACACGCUUAUUUUACUUAUGCGUGUAAUUUCUAUGAAUACGAAAUAACUUUAACGAUAUACAUACUUAAAAUACUCUUCCCUGUCUCUGUACCUAUGUAUUAUAGUCAAACUUUACAAUUAUUCCUUACUCGGCUAUUUUAUGCAUAUAUAUGUAUAAUAUUACGUAGAAAUGCAACGGGUCGCAAUGUCCCUUUUUCUCCUGUCCUCCUUUCCUCUGAUAACGAUCAGAAAACGUCGGUCGUUGAUUCGUGUUUCAUAGUCUUUUACUCUUCUUCUAAUUCUCUUUAUAUUUCAUCCAUUUUAUCUCUUAUGUCUUUAAAUAAAUAAUAAAGCGUUAUAUUAUACAUAUAAAAAGAAGUUGCGGUGCUAACUAUGAAAAGAAAAUAGAGUAUAUGCCAUUAUAUACAACAAAAAAUACUUUGCAAAAAAAAAAACAAUAAAUGCGUUCUAUCAUUUUUCGUCAAAGAAAAGAAAAGAAAAGAAAUGUAAGAAACGAAGAGAGAAAUA